AGGAAGAAAACAUAAAAAAAUACUCUUGAAAAAGUGGUUUGCUGUCAAUCUGCUUAAAAGCGCCCUGGCUUCUUGACGCAACCCGAAUUUGUUCCAGAACAGUUCACGCUUUUUUCCUUCUGCCUGUUUUUCCUGGUGUGUGCGUGCCUGUCGCCUCCACCCAAGAUGUUUCUUGCCAAAAAAUUGAUCGGUGGCCUUCUUGAUGUCGUCGGAAAUGUUGACCAGUUUGCCCCCUCAGAGCCACCACCCCCGCGGCGCCCCCUCCAGUACGCUGAGCAGCACGAGAGCGAGGAGGAGCGGCAGUUCAGGAGAGUGUUCCAGCAGCUUGCCGGAGAAGACAUGGAAGUGAGCCCAGUGGAGCUGAUGGAUAUUCUCAACAAAAUUGUUAGCAAACACAGCGAACUCAAAACUGAUGGAUUCAGCAUCGAGUCUUGCCGAAGCAUGGUGGCGGUGAUGGAUAGCGACAGCACAGGCAAGCUGGGCUUUCAUGAAUUCAAACACCUCUGGAACAACAUCAAGAAAUGGCAGGGGGUGUAUAAGCAGUAUGAUGCUGACCGUUCUGGUACAAUCGGAGCGUCAGAGUUACCGGGUGCUUUCCAAGCUGCAGGAUUCCCUCUGAAUGACCAGCUGUACCAGAUGAUUAUUCGUCGCUAUAGUGAUGAGAGAGGGAACAUGGACUUUGACAAUUACAUCGGCUGCCUGGUUCGCCUGGAUGCCAUGUGCCGUGCCUUCCAAACCCUGGACAAAGAUCGCAAUGGAACCAUUAAAGUGGACAUUAAGGAGUGGCUCCAGUUGACCAUGUACUCUUAGAGCUCCUGCUGGGUGCCAGCCGAAAGAAGCCUCUACAUCUCUGCAUACAAAUCAGCUGCGCCUUCAGCACUAGGGAUGUCUCUGUGCCAACUGCUUCUAGUUCUAGAACUCUUCUCGAUUCUAAUUCUGUUGUUGUUGUGUGGUUGGG